CCAGUCCCUUAAAAGGGUACUGGCUCAAUCUACGUUCCCUGGUUCCUUCUUGACCAGAUAGUCAAGAGAUGAUCAAAGAAGCCUAUUUAUUCGAAAUCUCAUUAAAACUCUUCACAGUUUUCUCAGUCCCACACACCUCGUAAAGUUUCAGAAGCGUUUACAAUACAAAAGGAAAGUUGUAAAGAAGAAGUUCUUCUUGUUAAAUCCAUGAGCCUAAAAUCAUCGGUUUCUCUUCAUUGUAGUGGAGCUUGAUUAUAUAAUUCAAAGGAAAAACAAGAGUUUCAUAAGUACAGGGAUAGGUUUCAAAAUGCCAGGUGGUUUUCCCAUUGGGUACCGGUUUUACCCUACUGAAGAAGAGCUGUUGAGUUUCUACUUAAAGAACAAGCUCGAUGGUAACAGAGAAGCCCAAAUCGAUCGAAUUAUACCAUUGGUUGACAUCUACUCUUAUGAUCCAUGGCAAUUGCCAGCGAGGGCGGCAGAGGCCAAUAUUGGAGACGGGGAGCAGUGGUUCUUCUUUGUAAGGAUUCAGGAGCGAGAAACACAUGGAGGGAGGCCUAACCGUAUAGCGCCCUCUGGUUACUGGAAGGCGACCGGGACUCCCGGUUACGUGUAUUCAUCAAAUAACGGAGUGAUAGGAUUGAGAAAGAGCCUGGUGUUUUACACGGGGAGAGCACCAUAUGGGAGGAAGACCAAGUGGAAGAUGAACGAAUACAAGCUGAGGAUUGUGGAGACUAACGGUGAUGAUGUUGCCUCUUCUUCUUCUCAUGGUGCAACAACUUUUGCGGUUCGGCGUGAGAUGAGCCUGUGUCGUAUUUAUGUGAAAUCAGGAGUCCUAAGACAAUUUGAUCGAAGGCCCCCAGUUAUACCAGCUAUUCAAGAACCAGGUCCUGGUCCAAGUUCAAGUACUUGGACUGAAAACCCUAACCAGCAACCCACUAAUGAAAUGAUCGAUGACAAUGUCUCCGAGGGGUUGAAUCUUGACAGGGAUGAGGCGGGGACUUGGGAUCCAAUGGCUGAUGAUUUUGCAUAUUGGGAGUUGAUGGAUGACGAAAUCGUCAAUUUGGAGUCAUGGAAUUCCAUAUAA